UUCCUGCUGUUUGAGGCUAUAAAAAGAUGAGAGGAUGGGAAGCAGCAGCAGCAGAGCAGUGACAAUCUGGACAGACAGAUCCAGUGAGACAGACAGAAAACAGAAAAAUAACAAUAUCAGAGCCUGGGAACCUGACCAUACAGCCAAGAUGUGCAAAGGACUUGCUGGAGUUACAUCUUUUCCUGCCACCUGUCUGAAAAGUGCCAAAGAUAUGAAGCAUCGACUCGGAUUUCUUCUGCAGAAAACUGAUGGUUGUGAUAGCAGCAUUUGUGUGAAGAAAGACAAACCUGGUUGUCAGAGGCUAACUCAAGGCGAAGUCAAGAAAUGGGCGGAGUCUUUGGAAAAUCUAGUCAACAGUGAAUGUGGUUUGGUGGCUUUCAGGUCCUUUCUACAAUCUGAAUUCAGUGAAGAGAACAUUGAUUUUUGGCUGGCAUGUGAGAAUUUCAAGAAGACCAAAUUCUCAGCAAAGAUGUCAAGCAAAGCUCAAAAAAUCUAUGAGGACUUUAUUUCCAUAGAUGCUUCCAGAGAAGUGAAUCUGGAUUCCAACACUCGGGAAGAGACAACCAAAAGCCUGAUUCAGCCAUCACAUUCUAUAUUUGAUCAGGCACAACACAAAAUCUUUAUCUUAAUGGAGAAGGAUUCAUACCGACGCUUUCUCAAGUCACAUUUCUACCUGGACCUUGUCAGCUUUACCAGUGGUGGAAGCACUAAGAAGAUGAAAGGUUUCAGCACUGACAGCAACCCCUUCAUUCCUCAGUGUGCUUAGUAAAGAAGACACAGACUGUGCAUGGCCACAGCUAAGAACUAGAUGUCUAUGUCCUCUUAUCUAUAAUGUACAAUGGCUCAGAUCCGCUCCUGAGUCAGCUCCUCUUAUUUAUUAGACGUGUGUGUCUUUGCAUGCAUUUCUGUUCUAUCGGGGCGAGCUGGAAGAGUCAUACACAACAUUCUCAGGUGAUACUUACGAAAGGUGCAAGUUGUCUUCAUUAUGAAGGAUUAAGGUGAUUCAUAUUGUAUGCAAUAUGAUGCUAAUGAGGUCCAUACACCUAUAGCUGGCAAAGAUCCAAAUCACUUAGCUUUUAAAUACAUUUGUUAAGAGAAGUGAUGGGAGAGCUCCCCUUUGCUAGAGAAGAAGCAGUCUAGAGAAGUAUGAGAAUUAAAAAACCCUUCUUCAGGGAGGCAGUUAAGUGACCAGCGGCCUUCUUCAGCACAGGGGAGAAAUGAAAUAGCAAUAUAUUUGCUGAUGUAGCAACAGUGUCACAUUGUUGAUGGACAAAAAAGGUAGAAACUACUGCUUUUAUUUUAUUACAGAUAUUUAUUUUGACAAAGCUGAUUUUAACUUAAAUACAGUUAUUCAUUUUGUUUUAUUCGAAACAUAUUUUGACAUUUGUUCUGCGUUUUUGCAUUACUUUUAUACUUUAUGUUGUUGGGAAAAGAAGAAUGAUGUAGCGCUCAUUGAUUAAAAAAAAAAACAAAAAAAAA